CACACCGACCGACCGUCUGUGACGUCAGCCGGUUGCGCGUCACCGUGAAGAUGGCGGAGGCUGCGGAUUCACCACAACACCGGUUCUUCUGUCACUGCUGUCACCGUGAAACUAACCCAAAACUCCCGGAUUUCGUCUGCCCCAGAUGUGACUCUGAUUUCAUCGAGGAGGUGACAGAAGACUCCAGUCUCCUGCAGAACAGCACAUCAGUGGCCAGUGAAGACUCAAACUCGUUGUUCUCAGAGUUAUGGCAGCUGCUGUUUAUGGAGCGCUCUGCUCUGCUGUCCCAUCCGCCCUCCUCAGAGUCCGACCCGGACGACAGCGAGCAGGUAUCUGCAGGUCAGAGCCGUCCUUCUCCGGUGUCGCCGGGCGCUGCCGAGGCCGGGGAGCCAGAGUCUCCUCUCCAGCCUGAACAAGAGAGGUCGUCCAGGCCUGAACAAAGGCCUGCAGUGGAAGGGAUGGUGCAGCAGUUCUUGGCCGGCCUGUUCGCCAGCAACGGAAACCCCGGUGCUGCACCAGCUGCCCUAUCCAGCAUGCUACAGUUGCACUCAAACCCUGGUGAUUACGCGUGGGGUCAGGGAGGUCUGGACGCUGUCAUCACAGAGCUGUUAGGACAGUUGGAGAGCACAGGUCCACCUCCUGCAGAGAAGGAGAUGAUCUCGUCCCUGCCAACAGUUUGCAUCUCUCAAGAACAGACAGACUGCAGACUGGAGUGUCCAGUUUGUAGAGAGGAGUAUUCAUCAGGGGAGUCUGUCAGGAAGCUGCCCUGCCUCCAUUACUUCCACAGUGAAUGCAUAGUGCCUUGGCUGGAGCUGCACGAUACCUGCCCAGUGUGCCGAAAAAGCCUCGACGGCGUCGACAACAGCCUCCCGCCCACAUCAGAACCCCCAGACGCUCGCUCCAUCAGGACGGAGCAACAGGAGAGGCAGGCGAUCUGAGAAACUUGACAAGCAUCUCUACACCUGCUUUACUGUUUUCAAAGAGACACGCUUCUGCACCUCUGACCUUUCCCUCCGCAUCGACUGCUUUUAAAUAAAACAGGUUACAUGCAUCACAGUCAAUAACUUGCAGCUUCAACUCUCACUUCACUCAUCUCUUGCUAAGGACCUUUUAUGUUUUUCUACUCCAACAUCUUUUAAGCCACUCUACACACAAAAGGACCGUGCAGUUUGCAGACAAGACAUGGAGGUGAUGUGUCCUUCUUGCUACACUGCCCUCUUAAGUGCUUUUCUGAAUGACUGACUUUGAUGUCAUGAACUAAUCGCCGCUGAGCUGCCAGCGGUUGUCAAAAUGAUGGGAAUUCACAGAGUUAUGAAGUAACACUUUUGCAUUAAGGCUUCUUUGUAAGACGAUUUCCUCCUGCGGAAUAUUUAGUUUUCCACCCAGUCUGAUUCAGCGUUGAUCUCCUCUCUAUAUUAAAGCCUAACCCUGUGAUCCCC